AUGGAGCAACAACGAACAGGAACGAGAGGAAGCUACGGCUCGUCAGGCUCCUCAGUCACGAUGAACGGCAGACCCUCAACAGAACAAUGGGAUGGCGGCUUCGCCCCCAUCAACACCGGCAAGAACAACGGCGACUCGUCCGACGAUAAUGUCACCCUAUCCAGCCCUACAAGAGAUACCCACCGAGACACGAUGAUGAUGGAUGAGGAGGACAGGAGAGAACUUCAGAGAAUCGCCACGACGCUUUCACAACGGCAAAGUGGUAUGAGCUUUGGUCAAGCACAAUCGAUCGAGCUUGCCAACAUCCCCACCUCUGGCGAUCCCGCAUUGGACCCCACGAGCAAGUCCUUCGAUCUGUCAAAAUGGCUCCAGAACGUCAUGCAACAGAUGCAGAACGAGGGCAUCAGCAUCAAGAAUGCGGGUGUAGCUUACAAGGAUCUCAACGUCUCCGGAACUGGUGCCGCCCUGCAGCUCCAGCAGACCGUGGGUUCUUUCCUCCAGGCGCCCCUGAGAAUCGGCGAGCACCUCAGCUUCGGCAAGAAGGAGCCCAAGAGAAUCCUCAACAGCUUCGACGGUAUUCUCAACAGCGGAGAGCUUCUCAUCGUUCUUGGCCGACCCGGAUCCGGAUGCAGCACCCUGCUCAAGACCAUGACUGGCGAACUUCACGGUCUGGGCCUGUCAGAUGAGUCUGUCAUCCACUACAACGGCAUCCCUCAGAAGCGAAUGAUCAAAGAGUUCAAGGGAGAGACUGUGUACAACCAAGAGGUCGACAAGCAUUUCCCUCACCUCACGGUCGGCCAGACCCUCGAGUUCGCCGCGGCUGUCCGCACCCCUUCGAGACGACUCCAAGGCAUGUCCCGCGAUGAGUACUGCAAGAAUGCUGCCCAGAUCGUCAUGGCUGUCUGCGGUCUCAGCCACACCUACAACACCAAGGUUGGCAACGACUUCGUUCGCGGUGUCUCUGGUGGUGAGCGGAAGCGUGUGAGCAUUGCCGAGAUGAUGCUUGCCGGAUCUCCAAUGUGCGCUUGGGAUAACAGCACCCGCGGCUUGGACUCUGCUACUGCUCUGAAGUUCGUCCAGGCACUCCGUCUCGCCUCCGACUUCACCGGCUCCGCCAACGCCGUCGCAAUCUACCAGGCAAGCCAGGCCAUCUACGACCUCUUCGACAAGGCCGUCGUCCUCUACGAGGGUCGCCAGAUCUACUUUGGCCCUGCUUUUGCCGCCAAGUCUUACUUCGAGCGCAUGGGCUGGGAGUGCCCGCAGCGCCAGACUACUGGUGACUUCCUCACCUCCGUCACCAACCCUCAAGAGCGCAAGGCUCGCCCGGGCAUGGAGACGCGGGUUCCUCGCACGCCUGAAGAAUUCGAAGCGUACUGGCGCCAAUCGCCGGAGUAUGCUGCUCUCCGUCAGGAGAUUGAGGAGCACCAACAUGCCUACCCCAUCGACUCCAACAGCCAGGCUCUCAGUGAGCUCCGCCAGAUGAAGAACGAGAGACAGGCUAAGCACGUCCGCCCCAAGUCGCCGUACAUCAUCAGCAUGGGGAUGCAAGUUCGCCUGACGACGAAGCGCGCCUACCAGAGGAUAUGGAACGACAUGUCAGCCACGGCGACAUCGGCUGUGAUCAACCUCAUGAUGGCUCUUAUCAUCGGUUCGGUUUUCUACGGUACUCCUGACUCAACUUCCGGUUUCUACGCAAAAGGAUCUGUCCUCUUCCAGGCCAUUCUCAUGAACGCUCUCACCGCCAUCUCCGAGAUCAACAGUCUAUACGAUCAACGGCCAAUUGUCGAAAAGCAUGCCUCCUACGCGUUCUACCACCCGGCUGCGGAGGCAAUCGCUGGAGUCGUCGCUGAUAUCCCCAUCAAGUUCAUCACCGCAACCACCUUCAACCUUGUGCUCUACUUCCUCGCUGGGCUUCGACGCGAGCCAGGCCAGUUCUUCUUGUACUUCCUGAUCACCUACAUGUCCACCUUCGUUAUGAGCGCUGUCUUCAGAACUAUGGCGGCCAUUACCAAGACUGUGUCCCAGGCCAUGAUGUUGGCUGGUGUUCUCGUCCUCGCUCUUGUCAUCUACACUGGCUUCGUCGUCCGCGUACCCCAGAUGGUUGUGUGGUUUUCGUGGUUGAGGUGGAUCAACCCUAUCUUCUACGCCUUCGAGAUCCUCAUCGCCAACGAGUUCCACGGUCGAGAGUUCGUCUGCUCGGAGAUCAUUCCCUCUUACACUCCCCUGAUCGGCGACUCCUGGAUUUGCUCUGCCGUCGGCGCCGUCGCCGGCCAACGUGCUGUCAGUGGUGACGCCUUCAUCGGAACCAAUUACCAGUACUACUACUCGCAUGUUUGGAGAAACUUCGGAAUCCUCAUCGCAUUCCUUGUCUUCUUCAUGGUCCUCUACUUUACCGCCACUGAGCUGAACUCCGCCACCACCAGCACCGCAGAGGUUCUCGUCUUCCAGCGCGGUCACGUUCCCGCUCACCUCCAGGACGGCGUCAGCCGCAGUGCCUCCAACGAGGAAAUGGCCGUCUCCGUCAAAAGCAAGAACGGCGAUGGUGAAGCCAACGUCAGCUCGAUUCCUCCUCAGAAGGACAUCUUCACAUGGCGCGAUGUGGUCUACGACAUUGAGAUUAAGGGCGAGCCUCGCCGACUCUUGGACAACGUAUCUGGCUGGGUCAAGCCGGGCACUCUCACGGCGCUCAUGGGAGUCUCUGGUGCGGGCAAGACCACCCUUCUCGACGUGCUGGCUCAACGCACCACGAUGGGUGUGAUCACAGGUGACAUGUUCGUCAACGGCAAGCCCCUCGACGCCAGCUUCCAGCGCAAGACCGGCUAUGUUCAGCAACAAGAUCUUCACCUGGAGACUUCCACCGUCCGCGAGAGUCUGCGCUUCAGCGCCAUGCUUCGCCAACCCAAGUCUGUCAGCAAGGAGGAAAAGUACGCCUUUGUCGAGGAGGUCAUCGACAUGCUCAACAUGCGCGACUUCGCCGAUGCCGUUGUCGGUGUUCCUGGCGAGGGUCUCAACGUUGAGCAGAGGAAGCUCCUCACCAUUGGUGUCGAACUUGCAGCCAAGCCUAAGCUUCUUCUCUUCCUCGACGAACCGACUAGUGGCCUCGACUCCCAGAGUUCGUGGGCUAUCUGCGCCUUUCUGCGCAAACUCGCCGACUCCGGUCAAGCCGUCCUCUGCACUGUCCACCAGCCCAGCGCCAUCCUGUUCCAGCAAUUCGACCGCCUACUCUUCCUCGCUCGUGGUGGCAAGACGGUGUAUUUCGGAGACAUCGGCGAUAACUCGCGCACUCUUCUGAACUACUUCGAGUCUCACGGUGCCAGGAAGUGCGACGAUGAGGAGAACCCCGCUGAGUACAUGCUUGAGAUCGUCAACAACGGAACCAACUCAAGGGGCGAAGACUGGCAUACAGUCUGGAGAUCCAGUAACGAACGCCACGGCGUCGAUGCCGAGAUCGAGCGCAUUCACCUCGAGAAGGCUCAAGAUGAGGUUGCUGGAACCGAGGAGGCCGGCUCCCACUCCGAGUUUGCCAUGCCCUUCUCUACCCAGCUUGUCGAGGUCACCACUCGUGUCUUCCAGCAGUACUGGCGCAUGCCCAACUAUGUAUUUGCUAAGUUCGUCCUUGGUAUCGCUGCCGGUCUCUUCAUCGGGUUUUCCUUCUACCAGGCGGACGGUACCAUGGCCGGCAUGCAGAAUGUCGUCUUCGCAGUCUUCAUGGUCAUCACUAUCUUCUCCACCAUCGUCCAGCAGAUCCAGCCUCACUUCGUCACCCAGCGAUCCCUGUACGAAGUCCGUGAGCGCCCCUCCAAGGCCUACUCGUGGAAGGCCUUCAUGUUCGCCAACAUCAUCGUCGAGAUCCCCUACCAAAUCGUCACCGGUAUCCUCAUCUUCGCUUGCUUCUACUACCCGGUCAUCGGCGUGCAAGCGUCCUCGAGACAAGGCUUGGUCCUCCUCUUCGCCAUUCAGCUCUUCAUCUACGCCAGCUCCUUCGCUCACAUGACCAUUGCCGCCUUCCCGGAUGCGCUGACAGCCAGCGGUGUCGUCACAAUGCUGGUCCUCAUGAGCUUGACCUUCUGCGGUGUCUUGCAGUCUCCCACCGCUCUCCCCGGCUUUUGGAUCUUCAUGUACCGCGUCUCCCCUUUCACCUACUGGGUCUCCGGUAUCGUCUCUACCCAACUGCACUCCCGACCCGUCACCUGCUCCGCCAGUGAGACCUCCAUCUUCAACCCUCCCGCCAACCAGACUUGCGGCGAAUACCUCGCAGACUACCUCAAGACCGCUCCCGGCCAGCUCCAAAACCCCGAUGCUCUCGAGCAGUGCAGGUACUGCUCUCUCAGCAACGCUGACCAGUACCUUGCUGGCAGCAACAUCUUCUGGGAUGAGCGCUGGAGGAACUUCGGCAUCGUUUGGGCUUUCAUCUUUUUCAACAUUUUCGUUGCUGUUAUGUCUUACUACCUCUUCCGCGUCAAGAAGUGGAACUCGGGGUCGUCGAAAUCCAAGAAGGAUGCCAAGGGAAAGGCGCCCGCUACUCAAUGA